CCGAGGAUGCGGGGGGGCGAUGCCCGGGGCCAGGGACGCGCUCUGUCACCAGGCGCUGCAGCUGCUGGCCGAGCUCUGUGCCCGAGGGGCCCUGGAGCACGACAGCUGCCAAGAUUUCAUCUACCACCUGCGGGACCGUGCCAGACCCCGGCUCCGAGACCCAGAUAUCUCUGUGAGCCUGCUAACCCUUGUGGUUACCGCCUGUGGUCUUGCCCUCUUUGGUGUCUCUCUCUUCGUGUCUUGGAAACUGUGCUGGGUUCCGUGGCGAGAGCGAGGCCUGUUUUCUGGUAGCAAAGACAACAACCAAGAGCCUCUUAACUACACAGACACAGAAACAAAUGAGCAGGAGAACAGCGAGGACUUCCUAGACCCACCCACGCCCUGCCCCGACUCCUCCAUGAAGAUCAGCCACACGUCCCCUGACAUUCCCCUCUCCACCCAGCCCGGUGGCCAAGAGAACUGUGCCCAUGCCGUCCGUGUGCAGCGACAAGUCACGGAACCAACGCCAUCGGUUCGGCAUAACUCAAUCCGAAGACAACUCAACCUGUCCAACCCAGACUUUAAUAUCCAGCAGCUACAGAGGCAGGAGCAGCUGACGGGGAUUGGUAGAAUUAAACCAGAGUUGUAUAAGCAGAGGUCCCUGGACAGUGACGAUGGGAGGAGGAGUAACAGCAAAGCCUGCGGGAAACUGAACUUCAUUUUAAAAUACGACUGUGACUUGGAACAGCUCAUCGUGAAGAUCCACAAAGCCGUCAACUUGCCCGCCAAGGACUUCUCUGGGACCUCAGACCCUUACGUCAAGAUCUACUUGCUUCCUGACAGGAAAACAAAACACCAGACUAAAGUUCACAGGAAGACCCUGAACCCCAUAUUUGAUGAGGUGUUUUUAUUUCCCGUUCAUUACAAUGACCUUGAGGCUCGGAAGCUUCACUUCUCUGUGUAUGACUUCGACAGGUUCUCUCGCCAUGACUUGAUCGGUCAAGUGGUGGUGGACCACUUCUUCGACUUGGCUGAUUUCCCCAGGGAGUGCAUCCUUUGGAAGGAUAUCGAGUAUGUCACCAACGACAACGUGGAUCUGGGCGAGCUUAUGUUUUCACUCUGCUAUCUUCCAACGGCUGGGAGGCUAACCAUCACCAUUAUAAAAGCCAGGAACUUGAAAGCGAUGGACAUAACAGGCGCAUCAGAUCCCUACGUGAAAGUCUCACUGAUAUGUGACGGCCGGCGACUGAAGAAGAGGAAAACAUCCACCAAGAGGAACACGCUUAAUCCCGUUUACAAUGAAGCCAUAGUUUUUGACGUCCCUCCUGAGAGCAUCGAUCAGAUCCACUUGUCCAUAGCUGUCAUGGACUAUGACCGUAUAGGUCACAAUGAGGUCAUCGGCGUGUGCCAAGUAGGCAACGAGGCUGAGCGACUGGGCAGAGACCACUGGAGUGAGAUGCUGUCAUACCCUCGGAAGCCCAUCGCGCACUGGCACUCUCUGAUGGAGAAACGAUGACUAUGGGUAAGAAGACUGCUUGUGCCAAGGACAGUCAGACAACCGCGUAACAAAGAUCUCAAGUAACUUUUCCCACCUAGCAACACCCAGAUGACUCCAGUGACAAAAUUCUCAGCUGUAGCCACAGCAACAACUGGCCCUCUUUCUAAGUUGGAUUUGGUGACUCUGAAUGGUUCAUUCGCCUUCUUCGGGUGGCCCACAGUGGUGUGCUCUAGGGAAGUGCAUCCCUCACUCUUAGAAACCAAGCUGGACUGUGGUGGAAAGCAAGUGCCAAGACUUCUUGUGAUUCAUGCAAGGCCUUUGGUUUUAUGGGCAUGAUACUGGUCCCGGCAGUGGUCAGUCUAACAUGAAGUCAUUUGUUUGAAUGCCCUGGAAGGACAGAAUAUUUUUAAAAAUAUAUCCAGGUGCUAAAUAGGCAGCAGAUUUCAAAUCAAACUCUACUACCUGUGAGUUAAUGACUGUCUUCAGAGAAUAAUUCCACCCUCAAAAGUGCUCCAGUUUCCCAAGGGAUGGCCCAAGAGAAUACUAGGCCAAGCAAGGCUGGAGAAAGUCUCAUGCAAGGCAGGUUAGGUCACCGCAAACUCACUGUCCUUUCCCACGCACAUGGCAGAGUCCCACUUAGCUAUAGUCAUUCUUUGCUGCUAAACCCAGAUUCUGAGAUUCUAAAACAUUAUUUCCAGGUAGGCAGCAGCCACUGCCUUUCCAGUGGUGGCAUUACUAGAAACGUGUCACCCUUGAUAGAGAUGCAUGCCUCCCAAUGGCACAUGCAUUCUGGAAUAUUCUAUCUGCCCUGGACUCAGAAGUGUUUCUUAUAAGGUAAGAUCACUGAGAGAUGACAUGGGCUCCACUAAGAAAAGGCACAGCUUUUGGGCUUAGUUGACACGACUGUCUUCUGGGUGUUUCCAUACCCAACAGUCCAGAGUACAGACUUACUUGGGCAGCCAUAGAAAGAGGCCCUUUCCCAUUUC